UUUGGCAUCCAUAAAACUGAAAUUGAGAAUGAGCAAAUUUCACAACUAGCAUUUUUCGUUAGUCAUCCAUCGUUAGAAGACAUUAUUUCCGUUGAGAUAUAUCGUUUAAGAAUUUCUACACAAACACAUGGUUAUAUCUAAUGAUGCGAUUUUAUUUGUGGAUUUGUCACAUAUUGGUAGCACUUAUCUAUGUGAAAUGUCAGGGUCAAGGUUGUAUUUGUGAUUCGGAAGGCACUAUAAACGUCUCCAAUUGUACAAACAAGACUACAACAUGUGAGUGUGUGGAAGGAUAUACAGGUCAGCUAUGCCACCAGUGUGCUCAAAGUUUCUUUCGUCUCAAUUCUUCAUCACCUUGCCAGCCAUGUGCUUGUGAUGUCCAUGGAGCUUCCAACAACACUUGUGAUGAGUAUGGUGUUUGUAAUUGCCAUGGUAACACAACUGGCGAUAAAUGUGACAAGUGUGCUGAUGGAUUCUAUCAUUUUAAUUUGACCUGUCAAGAAUGCCAGUGUAAUGGCAAAACACAGAAGUGCAAUAGAACAGAUUACACACAAUGCAUACUUUGUCUUUUAGGUAUUUGUAUUAAUUGCCAACACUCAACAACAGGUGAUCAUUGUGAACUGUGUUUACCUGGAUACUACCAGGUUAAUGACCGUUGUAUGCCUUGCAAUAGCUCCUCCGUCAGUUCCCUUUGCAAUGAACCAUCGGUUGAAACAGUAACCAAGGAAACGAUAUCAAUAUCACAUGACACAAAUUCACCAACCAUGCAAAGACUUGGCACUAAAACAGUAAAAACGGUUACUUCAUCUUUACAACCAACAUUAUCACCAACCAUUGGUACAUCGUAUCCUACCAGUAGUGUAUCAACAAGAGUACAGCAGGAGAUUUCACUUUCGAGUACACCACAUUCAAGGACAAUUAAUCCCAAACCGUUAACAAACUACUCAGGAAACACCGCUCCACCUACCACUGAUAUUUCAUCAAAAAGAAGUCUAGCAGUGGUUCUUGGUGCGGUGCUAUCACUUACCAUUAUUUUCAUCAUCGCUGCGGUACUGCUCGUUUACCAUUGUUGGGUUAAGCCCAGAAGGCGUUUCUUUCGUAGUCCACUAUGGACGAUUGAAUUACGUCGCGAUGAAGAUGACACGCUGUUUAACGACUUACAGACGAUCGACGCUGAUGUCCUUUACCUUGACGAUGCAUACCUGAUGGAUUCGGCACGAGUUUAUAAUAAAGUCACAACAGAGAAUUCCCGUUACCAUCCACUUUGAUGGUAAACAAUAAUUGUCAUGUUCUUGAUGGUGUCUUGGUAUGAUAAAAGUGAAAAUUGUAAAUAUAGAGUAAGAAAUUUAAUUUUGGAAAUGAUUUUAUAUGGAUGUAUGUACGGUAGUAUUCAUCCAAGCUUGUUCAUGUAUCUUUGCCAUAUUGUCAUAUUUCAAACUUUAUCAAUGACAUUUCAGUUUUCUAUCAACACUUUGACGAUGUUUUUACAUACAAAUUUAUGAAAGGUAUUCAAUUAAAUUAAUAUAAAAGUUAUAAUACUAUAUAUAGACUAUUUAGUACUGAAAUUUUUAUUUUAUUUUGUAUGGAUGAAUACUAAAUUGACUUUUUAUGAAGAAAUUUUAAUUAUGAAUUUAAUUGGUUUUAUGUGUUAGUUACAAGACAAAGUUGUAUUUUUGCACUACAUUUAUAAGAUCAAUGUAGAGGGCGCUACAGUAUAUUAAGCCAAAAACAAAAAUUGUGUUGUUAAAGAGAGGCCAUCUAAAAUAUUUUUUUAAAUGUUCAAAAAUAAUAAUACCACUGAGCAGCGGCAGCAUCGGGGGAGGGGUGGUCUAUGGUGCGCCGCCUCCCGGGUCAUAAGACCCAGUUGGGGAACAUUAGACUCUAUGUUGGUGAAGAAAUCAUUUCAUUGAGAAAAACCACUUUUAAAAAAGCAUUUUCACAGUCCAAGGAUACCAUUUUCAGGUUUUCUUAAACCUUGCUCACAUCUGCCCCAAAUUAUGGUGGGGCUGAACACCAUGUGGGGGAUCUUGGGACCCUCGUCAGGGAAUUUCUGGAACGCCUCUGACUGAUUUCGCAAUGCCAGUGUGUUUGGGCAGCAUAACAAUUUUGUUUUGCCAUAUAAUGUAGUGCAUUGCACUACUACUUCUACUUUUAUAGACACCUGUUAUGUUGUGCUAAUUCAUUUUAAUUAAAUUUUUGAUUACGAUAAUUGUACAGUGCAUGCAACAGACACUAAAUGCUUUGAGAAAUACUUAAUCAGCAGAGCUCGCAUAAAGUGCGUACAAAUUUGUUGGCUGACGGCCGGAUAUAGCGUGUGCCAGGCAAUAAAUUAGUUGUAAAAAUUUGAAUAGGAUGGUUAUUGUGAAAAAUUGGAACAAUAAAUAUGAUUAAGAAAUCACUGUGCUAGUAUUAAGGUCAAAUAAAAUUACAUUUUUUUCUCGUCCGGGAUUUGAAAUUAUUUUUUGAUGAGGAUAUUUACUAAUGCUAUUAAGUUUCCUAUAUACUAGUGGUAAGCAAAAAUAAUUUUAUGGUCUUUUUUCAUAAAAGAAGUAAGGCCAAAUAAAAAAAAAAUACUAGUUUCUCGUCCCCUCGCGCAUCCACUUUCUCAGCCUCACCAAUUUUUUUGGUUUUUUUUAUUAUUAUUUUCCUUCUUUUACAAAAUGCACAAAAAUCUGGCUAACUGACAUCAGUAAAAUUCUUCUCUCGAUCGUUCGUGGUUUGGGAUACAUAUGGUGCAGUAUGAAUCAUGUCUAGUGCUUCUUUUAUUUGCUUUCAAUGUGUCUACUUGGUAAAAGUGAGAAAGUAGUAACUGUUUCCCAUCAACCAUCUUGGAUUUGCCAUCUUGGAGUAAAAAAAAGAAGAAAAAUGCCGAUUCUCCCUUUUUUCAAAAUAUUAGGACGAGAAACUACUUUUUAUUUUAACUUGGCCUAAAAUGAAUUUGUAAUGCAUUCUGCCAUUAUAUGUUUCCACUUCUUCUUAAGGCAUUGGCAACAACUAUCAGAUCAUCAUUAUAUUUAUUUUCCAUGGAAAGUGAUUGUUAUUUUAAAAAUAUAGCAAAUAGUAGUUUUUUUCAGAAGGCUGUAAAGUAUAAUGAGUGUGGGGACGUCAAACCAGCAAUUAAUUUUUUUUUGGCCUAAUCAGUAAAUCAUUGAAAAAAAAGUAUAGGAAACAUAGAUAUUUAGGAUCAUUUGGAAAAUACAAUUUUACUAGUUUAACAGUAGCUUAAGGAUUUUGAUAUAUUAUAUUCAAAAUUUUAUAAAUCUGAUAAAACACAGUAAAUUAAACUAAUUUAUUGAUAUUUCUAGCAGUACAGUAAUAUUUAUUGCAUUCAGUGUAGGUAUGGCCUAAACAUUUAUGUUAUUUAGGAAAUAUGAAACAAACAUUUUACUGCUUAAGUGUGUCACAAAAUAGAUUGUCCAAAAAAAAAGACUAGUGCUAAUAUUUGGUAAGUAUUUAUAAGAGUAGUUAGUGCAAUAUGGUAAUAUAGGCAAUGGACAUUUUUAAAGAGUUCAGUAGCUGUAAGUAUUCUGUAACAUUUGAAACAAAAUGAAUUACCGUAUAUAAAGUAUUAUAAGUAUUUAUCAAUUAUAUACAGACUUAAUUAGUGAUACAGUGUUUGAAUUGUACAACUCAUCUCAAGAAGGUUUAUUCAUUUACAAAACCAUAGAUUCUGGUAUUCAUAAAGAUGCACUGUCUGCCAAUGACAGACAGUAUAUCUUUAAAUGGUUUUUUUUUUCCAGAUGAGCAUAUUAGGAGGAAAUUCAUAGUAUUAAAAAAAGAAACGAUAUUACAACUUUUUUUUUCUAAAUCAAGGAAUAAGAACAAGCAGAAUUCACUGCAAUGUUCCACCAACAUUUGCUUUGUAAAUGGUGUUUCAUCAAUCAAAUUUAAUAAAUAAAUUUAAUUUCUUUCAGCAUUAUGCUUGAAUGCCUUUUUGAAAUGUUAAUUCUUUUGAAGUUAGCAAGUGUAAAACAGUUUUUAUAUGGAAUGUAUAGGCUUUAAAUUCUUGUAGUUGUAGAUGUAGGAUUUCAAAAAAACGCUUGGUUGGGAGAUGGCUAUCAAAUUAUAACUGAUAAGUUGUUGAUGGUCAAACUGGAAUAGUCGCACUCUUGAACCACUAUUGCCAAGCUCUAGCACAGAGAGGUGGGACCUGUAGUGGCUCUGAGUGAAAAACAAGUAUUUUUCUAAAGAUCAGCUCUCAAUAAUUCCCAUCUUUUAAAACAGGUGUAUAAAAAUUUCAGAUAAAUCAACAACGCUACCAUCAAAAUUUAAGAUUUACAAUAUAAUUUUAUGAUGGUAGUAAACUCCCAAAUUAUGUGUGAGGAGCAUACAAAGGUAUAACAUUUUACCCAAUUCAACUUUCAAUUGUCCACCAGCUGUUAAGUGAUUUAAUUUUUUUAAGCUAAAAAGAGUUUUAAUUACUGAUUGCUUUUGUACAUUUUCAACAAUUUAAUAAGCUAUAUUAUAAUAUAAAUACACUGAAAUACCUUUCUCAAAAUGAAAUUAAUGCUAUAAAGCAA